AUGCGCAACUCUUUAAUAUCAUCAUCAUCACACAUAUUCCGAAAAGCAGUUAAGACUUUGGGUGCUUUUUCAUCAUCACCAGUGAUCAAUACUGAUCUAAAAUUAACAACCAAUUUCAAUAGAACAAAUAAUCCUUUAAUUUCAUCCUCUUCUGCAUCAUGGAGUUUAUGGGAAACACCAAAGAAAAACUUUUCGAGUGCUCGUUCUUUGCAACGAGAAGAGGCUACUCUUGAGAAUGAAGAAGAGCCUAUUGAAAGAGAAGUUAUGGAAUAUGAUGUAGUGAUUGUGGGAGCUGGUCCAUCGGGAUUGUCCUGUGCUAUUAGAUUGAAACAAUUGGCUCAAGAGUCAGGACAAGAUAUAAGUGUGUGUGUGUUAGAGAAGGGUCAAGAAGUUGGAUCUCAUCUACUCUCUGGGGCCUGUAUGGAACCACGUUCUAUUGAGGAGUUAUUCCCAAACUACAAGGAUCUUGAUGUACCGUUCUAUACUCCUGCUACAACAGAUCGAAUGAUGUUCCUUACCGAAAAAAGAGCCUUUAGACUACCACAAAUUGAAGAGAUGAACAACCACGGAAAUUAUAUCGUAAGCUUAGGUCAAAUUGCCAAAUGGUUGGCUACACAAGCAGAAUCACUUGGUGUUGACAUUUUACCUGGGUUUGCUGCUGACCAAGUUGUUUAUGCAGAUGAAAAUAAUGAUCGAGUUAUCGGUAUAAUCACAAAAGAUGUUGGUAUUGGAAAGGAUGGCAAAAAAAAGGAUAAUUUUGAGCCUGGAAUCAUGUUGAAAGCAAGACAAACCAUUUUCUCUGAGGGAUGUAGAGGUUCUCUCACAAAAACUCUCUAUGAGAAUGUCAAGUUCAAGCUCAGAGAAAAUUGUUCCCCACAAACAUUUGCACUUGGUGUUAAAGAACUUUGGGAAUUUCCUGAUAAUCAUCCUGAAUUUGACAAGGGUUUAAUUAUGCAUGCUGUUGGUUAUCCAUUGGACUGGAAAACUUAUGGUGGUUCUUUCAUGUAUCACUUUAAUGCGAAUGGAGUGAAUAGAAUGGCCCUCGGUCUAGUAACAGCUCUGGAUUAUGAAAACCCAACACUCAGCCCAUAUGGGGAACUUCAAAAGUUAAAACACCAUCCAUUAUUUAAAAAGAUGCUUGAAGGAGGUAAAUGUAUUGCAUAUGGUGCAAGAACACUCAUAGAAGGAGGUAUUCAAGCUCUUCCUAAACUUUCAUUUCCAGGCGGUAUUUUGAUUGGUGACAGUGCUGGUUUUUUGAACGUUCCAAAAAUUAAGGGAAUUCACACAGCCAUGAAAUCUGGAAUAUUGGGUGCUGAGAGCGUUUUUGAAGCCCUUGUUAAAGAUGAAGCUGAAGCGUCCACAUUCCAAGAACGAUUUAAGAGCAGUUGGCUCUAUACAGAGCUUUACAAAGAGAGAAAUAUUAGAGCAUAUUUCAAGUAUGGUUUAUAUCCUGGCCUAUUACUCUCUGGUAUUGAUUCAAUCAUAUUCCGUGGAAAGACACCUUGGACCGUUAAAAUGAAUACUGCAGACCAUGAGCACACUAAACCAAUUUCUGAGGUUACAAAAAUUGAUUAUCCAAAGCCAGAUGGAAAGAUUAGUUUUGACUUGUUGACAAAUCUUGCUCGUUCUGGAACUAAUCAUAAUCAUGAUCAACCAUCUCAUUUGAAAUUGAAGGACGAAACAAUUCCUGUCAAUGUUAAUCUUAAAGUUUAUGGUGGUCCUGAGCAAUACUUUUGCCCUGCUCGUGUCUAUGAAUUUAUUCCAGAUCAAGAAGGCAAUCCAAAACUUAAAAUCAAUGCUCAAAAUUGUCUUCAUUGCAAGGCAUGUGAUAUUAAGGAUCCUAAACAAAACAUUAACUGGACUGUACCAGAAGGUGGAGGUGGACCAUCAUACUUGAUCAUGUAA